AUGAAGUCCUCGGUUGCAGCCACGACUCUGUUUGCUCUCAUCAGCGGCUCUGUGGCGGCCCCGUCCAAUCUCCGAUUUGCGAAGCGCGACCUUCCCAGCGGUGACUGUGUUGCCCCGGGUCCAGACGCCACCGCCAAUGCGAUCAACGCCUGGGACAGCGAUGUCCGGACGGUCAAUGCCUUUCUUGAAGCAGCACCCACUCUCGGCUCGGUCGACAUCCUCCUGUCCAUCCAAACUCCCCUGACAGCCGCGGAAGACGAACCCAACCAGCUCCAGGUCUUGGCCUGCGAGCCGGCCGUUUUUGAGGGCACGCAGGCCCAGGCCGCCGCAGACGCUUUGUUCGACGGCUUUGACGACAACGUCAUCGUGCCUCUAGGAAACAUCGUUGCCAGUCCAGCCGAUGCCACCAAUGUCGCGCACCAGCUGGCCACCAUCAACCAGUUCCGGUGCUGCACAGUCCUACCUAGUCUUGACAUUUUGUGGCAGACAACUGCCGCCAAUGAAGGAUUGGUCGGUAGCGGGCCCAUCGUCGCACCGAGGCCUUCAACAUGUGCUGCAAUCACAUGUUAG